AUGAAGAAGGCGGGCCUGAUGUGUAAACCCACAAAUUGCGAAAUCCUCAGAGACUCCAUAAAAUAUCUGGGCCGCCUUGUGGAUAAGCAUGGAGUGAGACCGGAUCCCGAAGCGGUCGAGGCGUUCUUGACUUGGAAGGCACCUAAGACAGACAUACAACUGAUGAGCUUUUUGGGGUUUGCUAACUAUUAUCGAGAGUUCAUACAGGGAUACGCCGAUAAGAUAUACCCCAUGCAGCAGUUGAUGAGAAAUAAGGGCAAAACAUUCACUUGGACUGAGGAGGCACAAGUUUCAUUUGAAAACAAUAAACGUGAACUUUGCGAGGCACCGGUCCUCGGAAUGCCAACAGAGAAGUGGAUGUUUGUGUUAGACACGGAUGCAUCAGUGGUCGCGAUAUUGGGCAUACUUCAUCAGGAGCAAGAGUGA